AUGGUUUCUAAGACGGUAAUUGUCACCUUUGGAAUUGCUUCUAUUCUUUUUCCAACUGCUGCCAUGGCCAUAGAAUAUGUCGUUGGAGACGCCAGUGGCUGGACCAUCGAAUAUGAUUAUCAUGCUUGGGCCGAGAACAAAGUAUUUCUAGUUGGAGAUAAAUUAGUGUUCAACUAUGCACCUCUGUAUCAUAAUGUAUUAGAAGUAAACAGUACUGCCUUCGAGCGCUGCAUUGUGCCGCCGAACAAGGAAAAGUUUUCGACAGGAAACGAUGAGAUUGUACUGGUUUCACCGGGAAACAAAUGGUACAUCUGUGGGGUUUCCGGUCACUGCGCUGCUGGCCAGAAACUUGCUAUUACUGUCCAGGACAAAAACCCACCAACCCCAAGUUCUUCUGUUCACGCCAUUCCUUUCUCUGGAAUUCAAGUCUUCCUCGCGGCCAUUGUUGUUGUUGUCACAAUAAAACUGUAA